GUGUGUGUGUGUGUGUGUGUGUGUGUGUGUGUGAGUUUGACUCUCUCCCUUUCUUCCUUUUCUUUUCUCUCUGGCUCAGGAAGUUAACCAGCUCUGAGCCUCUCACCUGGUCACCAGGGGCCCCUGACCUAGAGAGAAAAGAGCUCAGAUAACUAAAUCUCUCUUUUUUUAAAAUCCCCAGCUGCUGUCAGCAGUAGUUAACUGCCAGAAGCAAGUGGCUUUGGGCCACAGAAUAGCAGAGUUAAAGACAGAAGGGAAAGACAGAAGCUGCCGAAGGCAAAACAGCUUCAGCCCUGAUCCCCGGCACCUCCAUGAACCAGGUGCCAGGAUAAGCCCCCGGCAGAGAACACUAAGGAAACAUGGCCUUCUAAGCACUGUUGCACAAAUAACCUCAGAGACUGAGGAAGCAAGCACAAGCCUGCAGGGGUCUGCAUUAGAUGCAGUCCAAGAGCUGAACUAAGAAGUGGAUACACACACCCAUCCCUAACUCAUAAGCUAUUUCCAAUUGAUAACCCUUUACAAACGAAAAGUUAGUUUUCUUUAAUGGAGUCACACUAAGGAAACAAACCACUCUUAAGGCCCAAUAGUAGAUGCCGACAGGGAAAAACAGCAAAAGCAACAACAAAAAACCCAAAACCUCAAUAGCAUCUUUGGAGGUUCAUUGUCUCAUAGUAUUAAAUCUGGACUUUUGAAAAUGAUUUAUUAUUAUUUACCCUAUAGGUUCUUUGUGUAUAUACUAUGGCUUCUGGUUUUGUUCCCCCCCCCUCCCCCGAGACAGGGUUUCUCUGUGUAGGCAUGGCUGUCCUGCAACUCACUCUGUAGACCAGGCUGGCCUCAAACUCAGAGAUCCGGCUGCCUCUGCCUCCCAAGUGCUGGGAUUAAAGGCUUGCACCACCACGCCUGGCUGGUCUGGGGUUUUAAUGAGAUGGCUGUGUGAGUGAACGUGUGUGUGUGUAUGUGCAUCUAUGUGUUUCUUGUGCUUUCUCUUUGGCUCUUUUUCAACUGUGUGUUUUGUAGUAUUCUGAUUUGUUUGGUUUUGUUUUAUCUCUUUUUAAAAAAAGAUUUAUUUACUUAUUUAUUUAUUCUAUGUACGUGAGUACACUGCUACUGUCUUCAGACACACCAGAAGAGGGCCUCAGAUCUUAUUAGAUGGUUGUGAGCCACCAUUUGGUUGCUGGGAAUUGAACUCAGGACCUCUGGAAGGGCAAUCAGUGCUCUUAACCACUAAGCCAUCUCUCCAGCCCUGUUUUAUCUUACUUUAUCAUUAUUCUUUAGGUGCCUUUUUGUUUUCUAAGAAGAGACAGAAGGGUGUGGAUUGGGAUGGGAGGAACUGGGAGUAGGGGAAGGGAAAAUUAUGAUCACAAUAUAUUAUAUAAUAAAAUCAGUUUUCAAGAAAAGAAACAACAACAAAUUGAUUCUGAUAUAAAACUUCAGUUUUAUUUAACCCACCAUUGAAUUAUCAAAGAGUAAGAUGCUGGAACUCAUUUGAAAGAAAAUAUGCAGACUGACUUACACUAUAUAGACAGAGGAGCACUGAACUGACUAGGCUAAAAAAAUGGAAACCCGGUGAACACUCUGUAAGGCUGAAUGCUGAGGCUCUGAAGUGCUUUCUACACAGGAAAGCCAGGAUCCCCGUGACUGAAUUUCAUUUGUACUAACUCUGGUUUCCUACAAGCUGAAUUCUUCUAAUACCCCAAGGUGCACAUCCCUGCUGGCGUAGUGUGUCAAGCCUUCAUUUGAUAAAUCGGUUUACUCCACGGAAAGGACAUGCAGUAAUCACCCCUCUUGUUUCUAAGCCUUGGGAAUGGUUCUGUUUUGCUUUGUUCAGUCUUUCACGUCUCACUUCUGCCUGGAGGCCUUUCAGGUACUUAAAGACCAGAGACAGCUCAUUUUUCUCUUGGAGUCAGGUGUCCAGAUUGGAUGCAGGUGUGGUAGGAACAGAAGGGUAUUUUAUUUCAGUAACAAAGGGGAGAGUUAAACUUGGGUAUCCUUAAAGCCUGGGAGACAAUAUUUACUGUAAAUCCUAUUUACUGCCUGUGUUACUCUGAAGAAAACCUUUAUUGUGGAUUUUCUCUGCUCAGAAAAAAGGUAGGGCUACACAUAUACAGCUAUAGCACUGAGGUAGCAAGGAUAAAAAAGGGGGCCUCUCAGACAAACAGUAUGCAAGGGUAAGCUCUGAUGCAGCACUGUGCUAACAGUAGAGUCUAGUUCAGUUGGUUCCAAUACUCCCCUUUUACACGAUGUUGAGUACAGAAUCAGAAUAUGAAUAGAGAGAUUUCAGACAGGAGCUGUAUGUGUUCUGUGGUUGUAAUUGGUAUCUGGUAAGUCAAAAGCCUGUUUUGCUCAGUUCUGUUAUUUAUUACUUUAUUACCAGCACUGUCCAGCCUAUGAGCUCAAAGUAUGUGCUGGACAGACCUGGGCCAAACAAACAUCUACAAGUCACAUCAGAUCAGGGAAACCAGGGUCUUCCUGACACUCCCUCCCAGCCUAUGCUUUCCUGGUGCUAUGUUGUUUACCGCGCCUAUUUCCUGGAGUUGCUAGGAGAUCAGAGUGUGAAUUACAGUAGCAUCUCCAGGUCCCCCAUCAGGAAUCGGUCAGCUGGCUCCUUCCAGCCCAAGUAGACAAGUGUAAGGCACUGCAAAGAAGUGGCACGCUCUUCCUGUGCUCUUUGGUGCUCUGAGUUUUAAAUUCAUUGUUCAGACAGCAAACCUCUAUGAAGUUUGUUUCCUGACUCUAAGGUAGGCUGUUUCAGCAGGUCACCACUGUAGGCUCACAGCAAAACAAGAAACUGGUAAACAGAACUGAGCAUGGACAGAGGCCUAAAAGGGGACUGGAGAGGAGGCUCAGGCUUAGGAGCACUCGCUGCGGUUUGAGAGGACCCGAGUUUGAUUUCCAGAACCCACAGGUGGCUCACAACCAUCUGUACCCGGUCCAGGGGAUCCAGUGCCCUUCUCUGGAUUCCCAAGGGAUCCGGCAUGCACAUGGUACAGACAUACAUGCAGUCAAGCACACUCAUACGCACACACACAGAAAAUGGGUUUUUUUUGUUUUGUUUUUUGUUUUGUUUUUUUAAACAAAAGAGGCCUGGAUAGGAAGAGCCAAGGAACGGAAGAAGAGUGGGGGAAACAAGUGAGUUACACUUAAAAAAAAAAAUAUAUAUAUAUAUAUAUAUAUAUGUAUAUAUAUAUAUGGAAUCUGUUUUCUUUGAUAGAAAAGCAGGAUGACUGACAGCAAUGUUUUCAUUUGAAAAUGUAAUUUAACUACAGAGAUCUGGGCUGGGGCGAUGGCCCAUCUGUUAAGAACACUUGUUGCUUUUGCAGAGAGGGCUGGAGUUUGAUUUCCAGGACUCACAUGAGGAGGCUCAACACUACUUAACUCCAGCUCUGUGUGUGCCCACUAUAAAGUAUUCACAUACACAAGCACACAUGAAGAACAAUACAUCUUAAAGAACAAUAAUUACAAAGAUUUUUCUGGUAGUAAUUCUACCCAGAAAGGUGUAAAAUUUACCAACCCACAAAUUGACCUUUCAAAACAGAGCAGAUUCAUAUCUCAGAUUCAUAUUCAGCGUAACCUUUACAAUCCUAUGCAGAUUCAUAACUCAUUGAAAGUAGUCACUGUAGCCUUUGCAACCCUAUAACUCCUUCACAUAUUUCAGCAUGGAGAUUAUUGUGUCAAAUAAUGUAAAAUCUCCCAUACAUAGUUUUGUAAUUAAUAUUACCGAGAUUAAGAAAUAGGUCUGAGUACUUAAAAUAACAAAAACCAUCCUAAUUCUAAUUACUCAUGCUUUAGGGGAGACAUGUACCUCUGUAGGCACCAAGUGACAAUCUUUGAUCACCGGAUUCCACAGCCUUUUACAGAGGCCCAUUGUAGCCCAGUCAUUAUCAGGAGUGAGAGAACCCAUGGUAGGUAGACCUUGGCCUGUGACGGGCCUUACUAAGUAUCUGUUAAUUUUUGUAAAUAUGGUUUUAGGCAGAGAAAAACAUUGUUUCCUAGCCCCAUAAUUUUACAUUUAUUUCCAUUUUGGGUAACUUGGAUACAUGGGAACAACCGUCAAUGUGACUGAAUCAGGAAGACAGGCCUUUAGCACAGAGCUCAUGCUGCAGACACCAGCCUUCAGUUAGCACUUGCCCUCCUUUGUCCUUCUGUCUCUUCGGCUGUCCAUAAGGCCCAUGCUGUCCAUGGACAGUGGUUUUCACCUCUCCAGGACCAGUGAUCAAGGCACCAUCUUAGAAUCAGAGGGCUUAGGCCUUAACAGAGACACCCGAUGGGGCGGUGCUUUUUGAUUUUGCAUUUCUUAUUCUCCAAAACCAUCCAGAAUGUUUGUUCUCUAUAAAUGGUCCAGUCACGGGCAAUAUGUAAUGGUAGCACGGACAGAGUAAGACAUUCUCUAAAAGCAGUGCACGGGAUGGGAAGGGCACAGAGGGAGAGGUCACUUUUUAUAAGGCAUGAAGGGGAUCUCUGGAGACAGGCUCCCCAGAAAACAGGCACCGUUUUGCCCAAUAUAGAAGGAAAAGUAAUAAUUCAAGAAGAGAUGAGGGAGGGGCAUUGUGAAAUGGAAGUGAAGAAAGAGAGAUGUGAGCCUUGUUGUUGAUUUAGCUACAACUCAGGAAAGGGGAAAAGCCAGGCAUCUGGAGGUGCGGGCAAAGGAGGUUACCAACAGUCAAGGAUGCCAUGCUGGCUGCCAGGAAUUCCAGUUCUGAGACACGGUACAGGGUGCAUGUACCUUGAACACAUUGUGUAACUGGCCUAAGCCAGUCACGGAUGGGUAAAUACUGUGCGAUUGCUCAUCUGUGUGAUAUACAGAAUAGUCAGAUUCACAGAGAUUGACAGCACAACACAGGUUACUUGGUUUUGAGGAGGGGAGUAGAGAACAGGAAAUGAUUGCUUCGUUCCCACAAGAGUUUCCAUCUGACACGGUGAAUGUUUUGGGGAGGGUGCCUGGUGAGAGUUGCACAUCCAAGGAUUAAAACAAUAAACUGAUAUUUUUACCACAGUUUAAAAAAAAAAAAAAAGACACUUAAGAAGAUGGGAAGUUUGGGGGAAUAAUUCAAAACUUUCUAAAAGUAGGAAUGUAACGUCCUUGCUUCAACAGGUAUUCUUUGCUUGUGUGACUGCACUGUGUCAAGAAAACAGAACUGGCUUUACACAACAGAGGUCGUGAGAUGAAGGUGCAGAGACCAUCGAAUCUGCCUAAGAGCACAGGGAAUGUUUCAAACAGUCCUAAAACCGGAACAAAGCUUUAGGCUCCAAACACCUUGCACUUUUUACUAUUCCAGGAGCGGCUUAUUGCAACACUUUCCUCAUCCUUGCCUUUUCUGGAUAUACCAGCUAAAACAAACAAGCAAAAAACAACAAAAAGAAUUUCAGAAGCAUGAGAGGUCUCACUUUGCAGAAUGAAAUCUUUGUUUACUGUUGAAUCAUGUUUGAUACUUUGUGUGACCUUUGACCCCUCGGCAAGUGAGGCCAAAAAAAGAGCUUUCGGGAUAACUGAGGAUGCAACAGGGGCAUCACUUCUCUGCCAGCCACACGUUAGAAAGGAGGGAGGUACUUCUAGGCCUGCAGCCCAGCUCCCGCAAAACCCCCAUGCUCCCCGCAGGGGGACCCAGCGCGCCUUCGUGCGCAGGCGCAACUCUGUGCUCGCCAGCCCGGCUCAGUGGUCCCCCAGCAGUGUCCCGGCUGCUCCCGGAGCCCAUGCCGGGUCCCCAGCCCCGCCGAGCCAGCCCCGGCCCUUCCCUGACCCCGCGAGGCACCAUGCCAGGGCAAAGUCCCCGAGGGUGUGAACCCCAGUGUCCCAACCCCUGGGCGGGGACGGGCGGCGGCAGUGCGGGGAGCUGUGGGCAGCACAACCCGCGAAGCCCUGCCGCGAGCCGCCGGGUCCUUCCCGAGCCUCCGCCGCCACGCUAGGCCCGCAAUCGCGGAGCCCCGGAGCUCAGGGCCCGCGCCCCGCACCGCCAGGCCCGCUCCCGCAGCCGGGGUCCCGCCACGCCAGGCCCGCGCUCCUCCGCGCCCCGCACCGCCAAGCCCGCUCGGCACCGCGCUCCGCACCGCCAGGCCCAGACCCCCGCCGCCGCGCCGCUCCGCCGCCCCGCUCGCUCGCAGGCCCGUUGCGGCAGCCACCGCCACCGCCGCCGGCGCCACCGCCGCCAUGGCGGAAGUCCACAGACGUCAGCAUGCUCCGGUUAAAGGAGAAGCCCCCGCGAAAUCCUCCACACACAGAGAUGAGGAGGAGCUGGGGAUGGCGCCGGCCGAAACGCUAACGGUGUUCCUGAAGCUGCUGGCCGCCGGUUUCUACGGCGUGAGCUCCUUCCUCAUCGUGGUGGUCAACAAGAGCGUGCUCACCAACUACAGAUUUCCAUCCUCGCUAUGUGUUGGACUUGGCCAGAUGGUGGCCACGGUAGCGGUUCUCUGGGUGGGAAAGACACUCAGAGUAGUCAAGUUUCCUGACUUCGACAGAAAUGUACCUCGAAAGACGUUUCCACUACCUCUACUAUAUUUUGGGAACCAAAUCACGGGACUGUUCAGCACAAAGAAACUGAACCUGCCCAUGUUUACAGUUCUGAGAAGGUUCUCCAUUCUGUUUACAAUGUUUGCUGAAGGCGCUCUACUCAAGAAGACUUUCUCCUGGGGUAUUAAGAUGACUGUAUUUGCAAUGAUCAUCGGAGCCUUCGUAGCUGCCAGCUCUGACUUGGCCUUUGAUCUGGAAGGAUAUGUUUUUAUUUUGAUCAAUGAUGUCCUGACAGCAGCAAAUGGUGCAUACGUGAAACAGAAGUUAGAUUCAAAAGAGCUGGGAAAGUAUGGCCUGCUCUAUUACAAUGCACUGUUCAUGAUUCUGCCCACCCUGGCCAUUGCGUAUUUCACAGGAGAUGCACAAAAGGCAAUGGAGUUUGAGGGCUGGGCUGACACCCUGUUCCUGCUGCAGUUCACCCUCUCCUGUGUGAUGGGGUUCAUCUUGAUGUAUGCUACAGUACUCUGUACUCAAUAUAACUCUGCUCUUACCACAACGAUAGUUGGCUGCAUUAAGAAUAUAUUAAUAACUUAUAUUGGAAUGGUCUUUGGUGGAGAUUAUAUUUUCACAUGGACAAAUUUUAUCGGCCUAAAUAUCAGUGUCGAGUGGGCUAAAGGACUUGUGACUCUAUCAUGCUACGGCUACCACGUGCUGAUGCUUCCUAAGGAAAGUAGAGCAGAAUUGUCUCCUCUUCCGACGAGUGUGUUAGAGUGCUCUGCCGCUCUCUCACUUGUUCUCUCUCCUUCUCCCUCUCUCCCCUUCCCUUUCUCUCUCCUCUCUGUGUGUAUUAACAUAGACUUGUUUUUUUAAAGAAUUACGUAUUUAUUUUAUAUAUAUGAGUACACUGUAGCUGUCUUCAGACAUACCAGCAAAGGGCAUCAGAUCCCAUUACAGAUGAUUGUGAGUCACCAUGUGGUUGCUGGGAGUUGAACUCAGCACCUUUUGGAUGCUCUCAGCCAACCAUUGGACUGAACAUAAGGUUCCCAAUGGAGGAGCUAGAGAAAGGACCCAAGGAGCUGAAGGGGUCUGCAGUCCCCUUGGAGGAACAACAGUAUGAACUAACCAGUACCCCAGAGCUCCUUGGAACUAAACCACCAAUCAAAGAAAACACACGGUGGGACUCGUGUCUCUAGCUGCAUAUGUAGCAGAGGAUGGCCUAGUUGGUCAUCAAUGAGAGGAGAGGUCCUUGGUCCUGUGAAGGCUCUAUGCCCCAAUAAAGGGGAAUGCCAGGACCAGGAAUGGGAGAAGGUGGGUUGGUGAGCAGGGGAAGGGGGGGGGGAUAGAGAGAGGAUGUUUUCGGAGGGGAAACCAGGAACAGGGAUAACAUUUGAAAUGUAAAUAAAGAAAAUAUCUAAGAAAAAAGAAAAAGGAAGAAGAGCGAGCAGCCAGUGCUCUUAGCCACUGAGCCACCUCUCCAGCUGCAUAGACUUUAUUUUUAUUUUUACUUUUUUUGCAGUGGAAUCAAACACAAAGUCUUGCUUUUCAAGUGCUGUGCCAGUGGCCUACAAGCCCGCCCAUGAUUAUAUUCUCAUUACAUAUAAACUCAGUUAAUCUUCUAGCCAAGCCUAGCUGAGACAUUGCGCAGCGUGUGCUUGACCAAGCUGACAUCAGUUCUCAGCUCAGAGCUACGCUCUAGCCAUAGCAUCCCAGAAGGAUUUAGGUUGGUUGACAUCCAAGCCUGCCACUGUAACCUAAGGACUCCAUCACCUAGCAUGCCAUUCUGUUCACAGGGCACAGCUGUGUCUUAGUUCAUGCUAUGACCCUCAGAAUCAUGUGUGCCAAAUCAGCAUAUAUUCAGCCCUUAUCCCAAAUCUCUCAGGGCUUUUUGCAACAUUUGGGGAAAAGCCAACAUUGCUAAGGGACCACCUUUCCCCACCUUUCUAGUCUUAAAGGGGCAGAGUGGUUUUUUUAUUUGGGAAUCUGAAUUUUUUUUUUUUAAAGCAAGUUUUGCCCCACAUUGGGAGCAAAUGCGUUGUAGAAAAAUUUCAUUCCAAUCCUGGGUUUCUACCCCACCUUUUACUGUUCAGUUCCUGGAUAGAAGACACCCAUGACUUUUAUAUUUAUUACUAGACUUUAUUAGCACUAAUGGUUGGCAGAUAUCUACUCUCUAUGCUAUUGAAAUUUAUAUCCUAUUGAUAACCCCAAGUUAUUGCUAUGUUUCAUCUGGGUUGCUCUUAACUCCAAUUGGCCUGCUCUCAUAGCUAUGCCUUCUUGACUCCUAUCCCAUGGUCUUUUUCCUCUCUCCACCUUCUUCUCUCUCUCAUGGUUCUUCUCAGACCCCAAGCCUGGGAUCCCAAGACCCUCCUUUGACUCUUCUAUUGGCUGUUGGCAUCUUUAUUCACCAAUCAGGGAUAAUGUAGGGGGCAUGUUACAUGGGGUCACCUGGGUCUACUUGUGUUCUCUAGAAGCAACCAGUAUUUAGCAUAGCAAAAGACAAAGCCUAGAUGCAUGGUAGCAUUUGUAUUCGUGUGCAGACUGAUGCUUCAGAAAGAUCAGUUCACUUCCCUGGGGCUUUAGAGUUAGUGGUAUAUAUUCAGGAUUUGGACCAAGACUCAACUCUGGUUCAGGAUUAUUUCAUUGCUCCAGGGUAGAAUAGAGUCUGGGGACAUGUACAAGCCCUGCUGUGCUUUAAGCCUACACUUCGAGAUGUUCGCAUCCAGGUGAAAGGGGCUCAGUAACAAAAGAAGUAAGACUACUGUUUUAGGUCUUCUUGAUGAGUGUGACUAGGAGAAGAUGAAAUGAAAGAAAGAAGGGCAUCCUUUCUCCAUUGUUUGGGUUGGAGUGGGUUGGGAGCAAAGGGAAUUGAUGAGAUGUUCAUGUGGUCCUCAGGGAGUUUUAAGCUUUAGGCACAAAGGCACUGAGGUCCUAGCCAAGCUGUGAGGUCUCAUCUGUGAGAACACACACAUUGGAGAGCAGAGAUGGUUUCCAGGGUUCAGCAACAGGAUGCAAGGACUGCCAGAGGCCAUGGGAGCAGCCAGAGGCCCUGGCUGCGAGUGGGUGCUAGAGGGUGGUAAGCUCAGUACCCCAGAGUGCAAGCUCAUGUGCAGGGGACCCUGUGGAGGUCAAAGAAUAAGGCUUACACCCAGGGAGCGGUGGUGCAAGUGCAGUGGGGGCUGGGUGUGGCAGCUGCUGCAGCAGACUCCAUUUUCUCUUCUGUACAUCCCUCGCAGGGAUGGAGCACCUUGGAGGAAUAGCACAACAGCAGGAGAGUCCUACUAGAAAGGAUAGACUAGCGGAAGCUUUGGAGCAUGGAUGGAGGCCUCAGAGAGUGGGCAGUGGUAUUCUUGUUCCUGGUAUACACUAGCGUUGCUUCCUCACAGGAUCCUGAGGUGGAGUUCUCACCCUUCUGCAGCUGGCCUAGAGCUGGGACAUCAAAGCCCAGGGGAACCACAAAGGGUUUUAAGUGAGCAACAUGUUGAGGAGUCUUGUGGUCAGGCCAAAGAUGGGGGUCAAAUUCAAGGCAAGAACAACUUAAGGGGAAAGCCCAGCCCAGGCAGUCUGCUGGCUGGUGACCCAGUGGACUGAGACUGGCAGUCUCUCAGCGGGUGUCCGACAGGGAUGCGAAGGCCUCCCAGAGAAUGAAGGAGAUCAUUGUCUUCAUGAGUGCAGGCUAGAGUGGCAUGUAUGAGCAUGUGAGGCAUGCCGACAGCCAACCGCAAGCCAAGGACUCAGGGGAGCGCUCUUCCCUAAGCUUGCCUCUAACUAGAAAGGAACCGCAUGGCAUCUUAGCAGUCAGGUAUAACCACAGCCAGUGUUCUUGGGGUAUCUUCCAGACUUUUCUCACUUCUGAUUGAAAUUGAGGUACACAUUCAUGUUUACUUAAUUCAUAUAGAAGUCACCAACAUUUAAUAUUUUGUGUAGUUUUUGUUAAGAUGCCAUUGCCAAUUUUACUUAUCAGCAAUCUAAUGGAUGUCUAGUACUCCAUUCUGAGGACAUGCCUAACUUUUACCAGACUUUACCUGGUACAAGUGUAAGGACUCAUUCCUUCCUUCACUUUGUCCCUCCCUCGUUAUGGCUUUCUGUUUUGCAGUAUUGCUGGAAGCCUGGUGUACUCUUACAUCACUUUCACGGAAGAGCAGCUGAGCAAGCAGUCAGAGGCCAGUAACAAGCUGGACACGAAGGGAAAAGGAGCAGUGUGACCUCCGCAGCCCGGAAGACACUGGAGCCUCCUGAUUGCGGGGAGUCAAUGUUCCUUUGCAAUUAUACAACCCUGGGAUUGACUGCUGCCUUUGGAAAUUUAUUGACUGUAUGCUAACUGUGUUUGAAUUAAUUUAUAUCAGACUGGAAAAUGUACUGGGUGGGUUUUAAUUUAUUUUUUUCCUCUGACAGUGAAGCAUCAGUGUUUUGAAAUCCUUUACUCUAUAGCUUGCUAUCUGGGUGGCCCUGGCAGUGUAUACAAUGUGUUCCAGCUAGAGCUGCCUUCCAGUGGGCUGUCUCUGGAAACUAGCUGGAAAUGCAGCUGAGGAUCUGAAAUUUCUUUUUUCUUUUCUUUUCUUUUCUUUCUUUUCUUUUCUUUUCUUUCUUUUCUUUUCUUUUCUUUUCUUUCUUUCUUUCUUUCUUUCUUUCUUUCUUUCUUCUUCUUCCUCCUCCUCCUCCUUCUUCUUCUCCUCCUCCUCUUCCUCCUUCUCUUCCUCCUCCUUCUCUUCCUCCUCCUUCUCUUCCUCCUCUUUCUCCUCCUCCUUCUCCUUCUUUCUCCUUCUGCUUCUUUCUCUUCCUCUUCCUCCUCUUCUAUUUUGUUCUUCCUUCCAUUUCCUUCCCCCACCUUUUUAAUUGCACUGUCUUCAUAGUAUCACAUUUGCCAAAGGUGGCAGCUUUGGCACUAAAAGCCCUGAGAAGUGUUUUGCUUUCCUAGACUGUGGGGUGAGCAGAGUGUGCCUGGGAAUGUCUGCUUCCUCUUUGUUCAGCUGGAGACAAGCAAGGGUGGAAGAAGCCAGCCAUUCACUCACUCGUUCAGCUGGAGUGCAGUGAAAGUCCCUCGCAGGCACUGUGCUGAGUGCUGGAAUACAGAGAUCCAUUGGUAAUGGUCCUGCUCUAGACUGAAUGGAAAAUGGAAAACGUGGUUCUCUGUCCAACUGGAAAAAUCCGAGACUGUGCACCAGUUACUUCAGCUCUUUGGACCUGCAGGUCUAUGAGAUUAGAAGCCCCUGCUCUGCCUACCCCACGCCAUGAGUCCAGAGCCCACAAGAGACUGAACAGCUAUAUUUUGUACACCAGCAUAGCAGUGGCUCAGCCUAACCCUUUUCUUAAAGGGACAAUCAAGGCAGCUGCCACCCCGUCCCCAUGCCUUCAUCAUGUGGAUGUAGUUGCUGCUCUUUGUAUCCCUGUUUGCAGGUCCUCAUUUCCACACAAAGGCCUACAUUUCUGAACUGAUUGGUGUGAGGGAAGAGCUAGGUGGGCAUCUUUCCAUUAUUGGAACUUGGUCUUUUCUUGGAAGGAUCUAAGUCCCUCUCCCUGAAGUGAUGUGAGGUCAGCUCUCACCUACAGAUACGUCUACCUGAUGAGCAUCUCAGAAUGGAUAUAUCUCCUUUCCUCAUUCUGAGAGAGCCUGUGUGAGUGGACAUUGACUGAACUGCCUUAGGGAGGAGUGAUUGCCAGAGCUGGGUGGCAUGGCUCUGAAGCAUCGCUGGCUUUGGAGGGGCUUGCUUGGGCCAGCAUGAUUGCUAGGGAAGGAGCUUGCUUCUGCUUCCUUGGUGCUUAGCUGACUGCAGGUCUGGAGCUUGUAUUUUUUUGUGUCUCAGUGGGGAAUAGGAGAGUUUUGAUUUUUUCCCCCCCCUCUAUUUGAAAAUUUUCAUCUUUAGGCUCUAUCUUGCAUAUAAAUUUUGUAAGAAGGACAUUUGUUAAGUUUUCUGUGAUCUUGUAUCAGAAAUAUGUGGGAGGUUUUGGUCAGUAAUGCCAAGACAGGCUCUCCAUGGAGUGUUAGUGGGUCACAGGGCCACUGAGGGCUUUAGGUCUGGCCUUUGCUUUCCAUAUUGAGGGCUCUUAGUGACCAGCACAUUGUUAACCACAUGGACAGAUAGAGGGGGCAGAGCCUGGAACUCUCAAGUGUAGUCCUCAGCCAGAGUCGGACCUUAGUUGAAAGGACACAAAUGAAAGAAGAAAAAAAAGGAAAAGAAAAGAGUCAGCGAUUUGUAAGUAAGACCUACCUGCACUGAUUUUAGGCCCACCCCAAAAGAACAAGGCUUCCAUUCAGAGGCCAUGGUCCUCAUAUUUUCUUCUAGCUCAGAUGAGCCACACAGCUCUUAGAACUGUCUUCCCCGAGUCCUUCUCUGGCAAUGAUGCUCUUUCUUCCCACGUCUGUGCCAUGCUGCUUUCUCCCACAGGCUAUAAUGGAACUUUCCUUCCCUGGGGAAAAAAUACUGAGAAUGAGUGCAGUGGAUACUGAAUAUGGAACCCAGUGCACACAGCGCUCAGCAGACACAGGUCUGCCAUCCUUCCUUCAGUGCCAGCAGCAUAGGGCACCAUGUUUUCCAAGACUCAUGAAACUGCUUCUUGCCUUCAGAUGCUUAGGCAACAGACUCUGUCCCUUAUCUUUUUGAAAAUACAAAACAAAAAUAGUCUCUGUAUAAUUAUAGCCACUGUUAUUCUGCUUUUUAAAAAGAGAAUUAUUUUCAUAUUAUGGUGGCAAAUAUGAAAAAGGGAAAUCUGUUUUCUGUCUCAGUGGGAGUCCGUUGCAUUUCAGUAUGGUAGCUCAGUGAAGACUCAGCUGUCACCCUGAGGUAGCUCCCAGGCCUUCAUCCCUCACCUCAGAGCGAAACACUGGAUCCAGCCCCUUUGUCACCAUCACUUUUCUAGGCCUGCCUUCUGCUCCUGCUGUUCGCAGUUCACCUGUAGGAUGCAGAGACUCUCUAGUGUCUUGUUUUUAACUUUUACGUUGAAUAUAUUUUUAAAAAAGAAAUCUACUGGUUAGAUUUUAUCUUCUCACAGAAUGUUUUUAGAGAUUAUUUUGUUCACAGAUGUUUCCUUUCUCAUGCUGACGAGCGACCUUUGCCUACAGGUGUUCGCCUCUCACACGUCUUUUCAAUAUAGACUCUAUUUACCAAUUUACUUAGUGUUUUUAAGAGGUACUGAGCAUUGAGGUAUGUAAAUCAGGUGACAUAAACAUGGAAAAUGAUGUGCCUAACUAUUUUUUUAAUGAUGUCAAAUAAAUACUUUUUCUGGAAAA